AUGAAUCAUACCGAAAUAGUUCUGGAAGAGUGGAGACUCUUAGAAUCUCUGAUCGAUGGGAAGGGCGCGAGCCCCAUCACACUCAGCGGUCGAACAUUGUCGAUUGCGGAGAUUAUAUCGGUAUCACGCCACAAUGCGUCCGUAGACAUUAGUCCGUCUGCAAUCGCAUCUAUGGGACGCAGCGUUGAUGCUCUUGGGAAAAGGCUACAGGAUGGAGAGGUCAUAUACGGUGUCAAUACCGGCUUCGGGGGAGAUGCAAGCGUACGCACUAAGAAGUUCGUUGCACUUCAGCGGGCACUCAUCAGAGAGUUUCACUACGGCGUCCUCCCCGUUGGAGAAAGAGACCAUAGUACGGGAUCACUAGAUGGUUCAGUAGGCAAGCACCGCCAUGACUUGACGAUCGACAGUUGCGACGACACUUCCUACUUGCCUUGGUCUUGGGCUCGUGCUGCAAUCCUUGUCCGGAUCAACUCUUUGAUUUCUGGAUGCUCCGCCAUCAGACCAGUGAUCGUAGAGAGAAUGCAGGACCUCUUGAAGCACGAAAUCAUACCGCUCAUACCUCUACGCGGUAGCAUCUCUGCCUCUGGCGACUUGAGCCCCCUGUCUUACAUCUGUGGCGCGGUCCAAGGGAAACCCACCAUCCGGGUCUUCUCCAAGGGUGGGGGACAGCUUUAUGCGGACACAGCUUUCCGAAACGCCAAUCUGGAGCCGGUAGCACUGGGGGCAAAGGAGGGACUGGCCGUAAUAAAUGGAACGGCUGUUUCAACUGCCGCAGCCGCCCUAGCUCUGCAUGACACGCAUAGCUUAGCCGUGAUGGGCCAGAUUCUUACAGCCAUGAGCGUUGAAGCAUUGAACGGCACCGAAGAGAGCUUCAGUCCAUUCUUCUCCAAGGUCCGACCUCAUCCAGGCCAGACCGAAGCGGCCCGCAAUAUCCUAGCCUUCCUCGAGGGUUCCAAGCUCACCAAAGUCAACGAUGGUGCUGGGAGUACACUGCGCCAGGACAGAUACUCCCUCCGAACCGUACCACAGUGGAUCGGUCCCAUCUUGGAAGAUCUGGUCUUAGCCCAUAAGCAGAUCUCCGUGGAGUGCAACUCUACCACUGACAACCCGCUCGCGACUCAGGAGGGAGAAUUCCUACACGGGGGGAAUUUCCAGGCCAAGUCCGUGACCUCAGCUAUGGAGAAGGCCAGGCAGGGCAUUCAAGGCAUCGGACGUAUGAUUUUCUGCCAGUGUACCGAGAUCAUCAACCCCGUGACCAACAGGGGCCUCCCUCCGAACCUGGUCGCCGAGGACCCUAGCAGCUCGCUCAUUUUCAAGGGCACCGACCUGAACAUCGCCGCCUUGACGGCUGAACUCGGCUUCCUGGCCAGUCCCGUCAACCACGUGCAGACGGCGGAGAUGGCGAACCAGUCCCUCAACUCCCUGGCUCUCAUCUCGACUCGGUAUACGCACACCGCCAACGAGGUCCUCUCCCAGCUGAUGGCCGCCCACCUGAUCGCCGUCUGCCAGGCCUUGGACCUCCGCGCCAUGCACGUCCAGUUCAUCGAGCUCUACCGACCUCGAUUCUUCGAACUCGUCGCCGAGCAUUACGGGGACUUGGAGCGGUCGAACCUCCGGCCGUCUAAGCCAGCGGCGGCUGACGAACUCUCGGAAUUGAUGUGGUCUGAGCUCCUGAAGUCAUUCGACACCACGGCGAACAUGGACGCCGAUGAAAGAUUCGUCUCCAUCGCGAAGUCGUUGCGCACAAUUGUUCUGGACCAUCGGAACUUCAAUCGAGACGCCGAGUUCGUCUCCCGGCAGGAGCGCUUCACAGACGCUCUCAGCUCUUCGUUGCACGAUGCCUGGUGCGCGCAGAGGGACGCUUACCUCGUACACGGCGACGCAAGCCCUCUGCUUGGCAAGGCGUCGAAGGCGGUCUACACGUUUCUGCGUCGUACACUCAACGUGCCUCUUCUAGCGACCAGGCACUUAAUGACCCCUAAGCUGGACGUAUCCGAGGGCGGACUUGGAGCGCGCGGGGCACAGGCCCCGACCGUGGGAUCUUAUACCGGAGCUGUCAGUCGCGCGCUUAGAGACGGCACGCUGGCAAAGGUGGCGGCUGAUGUUCUAGCGGGUGUCGUGUAGGUUAUAAAUUUUAUGCUGGCGGAUCGGCCGAAGAGAAGUUGAGGGGAUGAGCAGUCGUUACUCUGUCAGUUAGUUGCCUUCGCGCGUAGGGAGCCUGUGUUUAUGGUGCCCUGGCUCGGCUGUAUUAUUAUUACGCAUCUAGUAUUCACUACGAAGUCGUAUGGCUAUACUGAAGUGAGUCUACUGGUAUUAUAGUGCUACAUG